UCUUUUCGCUUAAAUUCACUAACCCAUAACUUUAGGGUUUGAUCCAAUAUUGAGUAACCGUUUUCACAGGAAAAAACAAUUCUGGUUUAGGGUGUAUCCCUUUUAUCUAAGUUCUCAAAUGAUCAACGGUUGAGAGGAGAGGUUCUAGUUCCACUUACAAAGGGUUAGCAUCAGAUCGAAAAGUCUUGAUCUUUUCGAUCUGUGAUUCCGGAAGACAAGUGAAAGUUGAAAAAAGUGCAAGUUUCGGGAGUUGUUUGUACGUGUUCUUAUAGUAUAUGGACAAGAUAAGUCAAUUACCAGAUGAUUUGCUCAUAAAAAUAUUGUCACUAGUCCCAACAGAAGAGGUAGUUGCCAUGAGAGUUUUGUCUAAACGAUGGAUUUCUCUUUGGACACUAGUGCCAAGACUAAUCUUUGGUGAUUACCCAGAGGAAGAUGAUGAUAGGGAAGAGGAGGAUGCAGAGGCUAGUGAGAAUGAUCACUGCUGCUCGCAGUUUGUUUAUGGGACUUUACUACUACAUAAAGCCCCGGUUCUCGAACGUUUUCAUCUCAACCGUGUUUCAGGAUGCAGUGCUUCCGAGAUUGAUCUAUGGGUUAGACUUGCAGUUGAUCGUUUCGUGCGUGAUUUGAAGAUACGGUUUUUCCCUGAAUACGGGAUUAUAAGAUUGCCUAGCACACUGUUCAGAUGCGCAACACUAGAGACUUUGGAACUUCGGAAGGUGGUUAUUUCGGAAGUUCCAUCUCGAGUUAGCUUUCAAUCUCUUAAGACGUUUCGUCUGCUGUUUGUCAAGUAUGCAGACGAAGAAUCUUUCGUGAGGCUUAUAUCAGAUUGCCCUGUUCUUGAAGACUUGGUUGUAGAAACUUGUCACGAUGACAAUGUGGUGACUUUUACUAUUAAUGUGCCUUCCCUGGAGAAGUUUUCCAUCAGGAAUACAUUGCAAGACUUGGAGACUGAGAACGAUGUGUUUGUGGUACAUUACCAUUCAUUGAAGCAGUUAACAAUUGUGGACUACUUCGGUGAACUAAAGUUAUUAGGUAAUAAUAAUAUGCCACAACUUGUCGAGGCAAAUCUAUUAUCUGUGUCCUGCCAUGCUAAGGUUCUUGAAUCUUUCUCCCGGCUCAAGCGUAUAUCUUUAUGCUUACCUGAAGAGGUGCAGUACCCUACUGGUAUUGUUUUAUCUCAGCUUGUGUUUUUAAAGAUUUGUUCAUGUGAAAGUAAUUGGAUGAAUAUGCUUAUGAGUGUGCUCCAACAUUCACCUAAACUAAAAGUUCUCAAGCUUGCACUGAACCAUUCGGUGACUGAGGAUCGUAAAGUUUUCUGGACGCAGCCAAGUUGUGUUCCUCAGUGUUUGCUGUACCAUCUCGAAACCUUUGAGUGGAGAGACUAUGACGGAACAGAAGAAGUAGAGAAAGAAAUGGCGAUUUAUAUCUUGAAGAAUGCGAGCCGAUUAGUGACUGCAACUAUCUACUACCCUGAUUUAUUCGAGUGGGAGCGCAAGCUUCAAAUGUUUAAGGAGUUGGAAGUUGUGUCAAGGGGUUCAAGAUCUUGCGAACUAACAAUGGGAUGAAAGUAUUAUGUUUGCUUCUUUCUUUUGGGUUUUGUCUUAACAGUGCAUCAGAAUCAUGUUCAGAGGUUCAAACACACAGCUUUGUAGAUAUCGAACAUAUCAUUUAUCUUUGGUUAAGACAGAAUUGGCUGUUGUAUGGUUCCCAUUACAUAACAUUGUUCUGAACCUUGUAAA